AGCCAUGGCUCCGUGCUCUCGGUUUGCGCUCGUGCUGCUUUACGGGUGGACUUAUCUGUGCCUGGGACUCAGCGCGAUGCUGAAGACGGACAAUUUCCCCGAGAGACGAAAGGUGGAUUUUACGCAUUCAGUGGAUAAAAAGUCCACGAGCCGGGAAGAGCAGGACGCGCUUUUACAGGAUACAAUGACGGAACACAUGCAGAUGCUUUACGCCAAGUACAACCGCGCUGGGUUUCCGUUCAGGGACGGCAACACUGUCCGCAGCUUCAAGGCGCACUGGGGAACCAUCAACAAGAAGGAGCUGCAGGUUUUUAACCUCACCUCCCUCACCAAGUCCGAAGAUGUUCUGUCAGCCACCCUUCAUUAUUACAUCGGGGACCUUCAGAACCGGACCCAGAGCUGCUCCGGGCCCAAAAGCUGCCCCCACCACGGCCCCCGGAGACAAAGCCAGGUCCACAUGGUCAUCUGGAGCUUUGCUUCUGUGGACAACAAGAUGAGGAGUCUCGGACAGUUCCGGAUCAACGUGUCCACCCUCCACAGAGACUUCAUAUCGUGGCAGUGGAAGGACAUAACCCGAGUGGUCAACCAGGCCAAGCACCACGACGAGCUGCUCAUCGGGAUAGACGUCGCCUCGCAGGGGCCCCGGCCCUGGAAGGAGCUCCUGUCGGACCGUUCGCCCUACAUCCUGGUUUACGCCAACGACUCCGCCAUCUCGGAACCCGAAAGCGUAGUGGCCACUCUCCAGAGACACCACUCGGUGGGAGGCGAAGUCCCGCACGGCCUCCAUAAACUACGAGAGCGUAACCGCACUGAGGGAGGACACCUGCAGCCCCGACACAAGCGCUCCGUCAACGUCCUUCUCCCCCUGCAGAACAAUGAGCUGCCUGGACCCGAGUACCCCUACGAGACAACUGCGUGGGGCGAGGCUGGCCCGUAUGAGCCGCUAGAACCCAAGCAGCCCCGCCGGCCGCGGAAAAAGACACGCAAGAAUCAGCGCCAGCGGAUGCCUCUGCUGCAGUUUGACGAGCAGACGAUUAAAAAGGCCCGGAAGAAGCAGUGGAACGAGCCCAGGAACUGCGCUCGACGGUACCUGAAGGUGGACUUUGCGGACAUCGGAUGGAGCGAAUGGAUUAUAUCGCCCAAGUCGUUCGAUGCCUUCUACUGCUCAGGCUCCUGCCAGUUCCCCAUGCCCAAGGCUCUGAAACCGUCUAACCACGCCACCAUCCAGAGCAUCGUCCGGGCCGUGGGCGUCGUCCCGGGCAUCCCCGAGCCGUGCUGCGUCCCCGAGAAGAUGUCCUCCCUCAGCAUCCUCUUCUUCGACGAGGACAAGAACGUGGUGCUGAAAGUGUACCCCAACAUGACGGUGGACUCCUGCGCCUGCCGGUAGUUUCUCCUCCCCUCUGUUCAGACGGACCUCACGUCAAACAAUAAACUGUCUCUCCUGGUCCUCACAAACUGAACACCUGUCUGCGCUGGAGGAGAGCGCCUCCUGUUGGUCCAGGUGAGGAGGGGGUGGAGGGAACUGUCAAUCAAAUCCUCACCUCAGCAUCAGCACCGCUCGUUGGUUUAUCCUUUGGGUUUUAAUGAGAAUGAGGCAAAACAGAGACAAGAACUCAACCGAGCUGAUGCCUCUGACGGGCGGGGGCGUUUCAUUUAUACCACACAGUUUCACCCCCCCAGGGGUUCCUGUUCAUUCUGUAGUAUUUAUGUACCGCCACUGUUAUCCUCUGUAGGAACAGACAUUUAUCGUUCUCGCCUCGGCUGCAGCGGCUCCAGGAAGAACAGAUCGCCGCUCCUCAUGUUUCUUUCUUUGUGUUUGUUUUGCAGAAGCGUACGCGACAGCUGUUAAAUUAAAAUCUAAAGCUUUUUCAUUUUACUUCACAAAGAGCAAACUUUAAGAAAACACACAUCAGAAGAAUAUGACAGGACAAGAUGCCAAGUUACAUUUAGAUUUUUUUAGUGACUCCUUAGAC